AACAGUGCGUGCGCCAGCAGGGGGCGCGCGUCUGGGGGCUGUUCUUACGGGAAGCGCGAGGAGCUGCGGUGUUACAAACACAGCUGGAUAUUUUGUUUCAAAUCUACAAAAUCCUCAAGUUCAUUAGGUGAGUUACGUGCUUGCACUUCGGUUGUUACUCUCCAGUCCGCAGCGACAGAGCUGAGAUCGAGUCAUGGCACAAAACCAAAGUGGGUACACUCGUUUUGAAAACCCUCCUCUGGUCUCCGGCGUGGAUCAGCCUCCAUCGUAUGAUGCUGGUAUUCCUCACGGAGCUCUGGAUGCUGGCGUUCCCGUCGUUGUACCCGUCGGACCACCAUACCCUCCACCCACUGCUUUCGGGAAUCCCAUGUAUGGACAGGGAGGCUCUGGAUAUCCACCGCAACCAUAUCCUCAAGCAGCACCGCAUAUGACAGAUUCGUACAGCAGUGGAGUGUACGGACAACCACUUCCAUACGAAGUGGCGAUGGGUGAGCCGGGACAGAGCGAUCCUCCUCCAGACUAUGAGAACGAGCAGUUCGACAGCUCCGGACUCGACAAUAAAGCCGUCAGAAGAAUGUUCAUCCGGAAGGUUUUUUCUGUCUUGAGUCUUCAGUUGGCCAUCACCUGUGGCUUCGUGGCCUUGUUCACUUUUGAGCGUCACGUCAAGCUGUUCGUGAAGCGGAAUGUUUGGACAUACUGGGUGGGCUACAUAGUCUUCCUGGUGCCCUACCUAGUGAUCCUGUGCUGCGGAGAGUUUCGCAGGAAGCAUCCGUGGAACCUCAUUUGUCUGAGUAUCCUGACGCUGGCAUUGUCCUACAUGGUGGGUGUGGUCUCCAGCUUCUACGACACUGAUAUCGUGAUGAUGGCCCUCGGCAUCACUGUGCUGGUCUGCUUCACGGUCAUCGUCUUCUCUCUGCAGACAAAAUAUGACUUCACUUCCUGUUAUGGUGUGCUGUUCGUCUGCUUUAUCGUCAUGCUGUUCUUUGGGAUCCUUUGCAUGUUCCUGUACAACAGGAUUCUGGACCUCAUCUACUCGACGAUGGGCGCACUGAUGUUCACCUGUUUCUUGGCCGUGGACACGCAGCUGCUUCUCGGGAACAAGACUCUGUCCCUAAGUCCCGAGGAAUAUGUCUACGCUGCGCUCAACCUAUAUCUGGACAUCAUUCAUAUAUUCUUAUACCUUCUGCGGAUCUUCGGAAGAAGCCGUGGUUAAAUGUGCACCGCUAGAGGAAGAAAUGCAUGCGACUGGUUAUAGAUAAAGCGUCUCAUUUACUUCUGUGUUUUACAAUGCUUUCUUGUUUCAUCUUUAUAUGCAGAGACGACUACAAUGAAAGCAUCUCUAUUCGUCCUGAAAUGUAAGCGAUGUUGUGAAGCUGUAGUG